CACACCGGGAGACCACACAUAACACGGCCCAUAAAGAAUAAAUUAUAUUCCAUAUAUCGUGACCCCAAAAAGAGGCUGACCUGAUAUGUCACAUAUCAGCGCAAAAACGACCUGAUACCACAGAUAUCGGGUGCCGGGUAUGAUCCGGGUGCCCGAUAUGUCACAUAUCAGAUCCCUUCAUUUUUUGUGUCCCAAUAUAUAGAAUAUAAUUGAUUCUUUAUGGGCCGUGAUAUUCGCAAUCCCUUGGUGUGACUAGAGGAGUGAAACGACAUCACGCAUGGAUCUUAGAUCACUGAUAGAGUUGCGUCCGAUCAGCCAGCGGACUGCCCAUGCGAUACCCGUGCCUCAUGCGUGGACGGAGGCAGAGCACUAUCACGAAACUCCAAGGUCACACACCGAGUUCGGGACGACGACGAUAGCAAUGCGACGAGAAGAAAGCAAGGUGUACAGACUACAUGCUGAUGCGAAAGCUAAAGACAUCGGAGAUGGGGGUCGUGCAGGUCAUAUACAUACAAUGUAAUGUAAUGCAAGUGCGUGAUGAACGUGUGUAGGUCAGGUCAUUCAUGUCAUGCAACCGUCAAGGGUCCGAGGGGCUCGUCGAGAUGCUCGUGAUUGGAAACAGAAGGCAAGCCUCGGGUGAAGAAGAAAAUGGCGAUCAAGAAAGGCAAGGAGAGGAUGCAGUGCAGAUGAGAGAGGCAGUAAAGCCAUCGACCUCGAAUCUACACCGCAUGCGCUACCUGCCUCAACGGGGACGGCGGCGCAAGCUGUCGCCCAGCCCGGCUAGAAGGCACACACGCCCGCCGGAUCUUCAACGCGUCCGGGUUCCCGUGUUUCAACAAGAGCCGAGCGACCAGCGCGUCCACCGGAAGCGUGUCAGGUGUGCUGCCUGAGGACCGGGAUCUCGAUCUCGGCCGCGCCGGCAAUCCGACAUCCGCCGCAGCCUCCACGAAGCGCAGCUUCGGCUUUGGCGCGGGCGUGUUCGCCCGCAGGUCACGCGCUCCGGAUAGCACAGCCACUGAGGGCGGACUGGAGGGCAGGAGGAUGCCUCGCGGGCGCGGGGGCGAUGAGACCGAGCCUGAGCCCGCGUGCUGACCCCGUCGCCAGCCGUGCGCAACGAGCUUCGCGCGGAGACGGUCGGCCAGCCGGGCGUCCUGCGUUGCGAGCUCCACUGACGUCGCCGCGGGCGUCAUCAUGACGUCCUCAUGCAUGCGCGCGUUCUCCUUGUCUGCGAUAUCCAGUUCGGCGAGCGUCCACCCGUGCUCCACCCCCGCCCCGUACGCACGGAGGCUCCGCUCGACGAGCGCCAAGAAGCGCAGUUCCGCCUGUGUCGGCGGCGGCACAGGUUUCCCGGCGACGGGCGUCGGCGCGACGGGGAAGUCCCGCCGCGACUUGGUCCUGCGGUGGCGCGUCGGCGGUGGGGCUGCUGUGGCUGCGGCUGUGGCUGGGCGCGGCGGAGUCUGCACAUGCACGGUCCGGGCCCGCGGUCGACACGGGACCUGGAGGACGUGCGGCGCGUCCAGGGCGAGGGGCGAGAUCUGCUCGUCCGUGGGGAAGGGCACGGCCCUGGGCCCCUUUUCCGUCAUCGGGCUGGGGAUGGGGACUGGAGCGGAUUUGCCGAUGUAGUUUUCGGUUGUUGCGUGGGGUGCGAACGUGAUGCACGCAACGGGAGGCGGGCGCGUGACGCCGGCACUGGCGAAGGACACGGUGCACGUCGGCGGGGACUUGCGGCCAGAAGAGGGUGGAGGGGAAGAGCGUCGGAAAGGUAAAAGAGAGUGUCGUUUUGCGGGCGUGGUCGUGUCGUUUGAAGCAAGGUUCGGGUUGGGUGUCUGAAGAGGGGCGGGUCUAGGCGCCUCAGGAGAGCAACACUGGCGCUUGGUCCUGCUGUUGCCCCUGCGACGUGCGGCCUCAUCUUGGAACAAAGAGAGGGCUGCAGCGUCGGCGAGACGCGUGCGCGAGGAGUCGACAAACACUUUGAUGCUCGUCUUUGUCUUCGUCGCCUUCGCUCCGGCAGCGGCCGCAUUCUGGGUGGGGGAGAAGAAAGCGAUGGCCAUCGAUGGGUGGUUUGAAUGAGCAGAGCCACCCAGCGGAGCAGAAAAGAGGAAAGAGCAAGAGAGCACAAGACAAGUGAAGAGCGGAAAGGGACAAGCGAAGUGAUGAUGGACAGGGAUUGGGAUCCGAGUCACGAUCAGGUGAUAUCCCAGGGUGCCUCGUGUUUGUCAUGUGAUCUGCUCUGCCGCAUUCUGAACGCAGUUCUACGGACCCUGUUCACUCAACUUUCAGGGAUGCGGGAGCGGGUGAAUACCUCCAAUCAACCCGAAGAUUCAUUGUUC